CCCUCUGACAUUCAUUGGGAGUCGGGACAUCUACGAGGCAACAUAUGGAUAAACAAACAAAGAAGAAAUUGUGAAUUAAAUGCUCAAAAACAAGUAGAAAAUGGGUAACCAAUUCAAGAAUGUAGCGGUUAUAGCCUGCUUGAAAACAUUCCUUUUCGUUUUCAACGUCGUAUUCUGGUUCACAGGUUUGUUGCUCCUGUUAGUGGGACUAUGGGCCGAGUUCGAUCUGCACAAGUACAUGGAACUGUCGCCAGAGUUCUCUGGCACUGCUCCCCACGUGCUGAUUGGCAUCGCCUGCCUCAUCGUCCUCGUUAGCUCCAUCGCCUUCUCCUGCAUCAUCAAGGGCCAACCGGUUCUACUUUAUAUUUAUGGCGGUUUCCUGGCAUGUAUCUUCAUGAUGGAUGCAGGAGUGGGUGCUGCCGCCGCGUGCUACCGGGACACCUUUGCCAAGAGCCUCCACGACGGCCUCACUCAGACUAUCACCAACAACUAUCCGCACAAAGCUAACUUUGAUUUCGCACAAAAGAACUUGCGUUGCUGUGGCGUAUCUAACUACACGGACUGGAUAAGACUGUCACCACAAAAGGUGAUCCCUAUCUCAUGCUGCCUCGACCCGAACGACUGCAUCACGGCUAAUUACAGCGAUGUCUUCCAACAAGGCUGUUAUGCGGUGAUCUCGGAAUACUUGGAAAACAACAUCGACCUAGUGGUGGGCAUCGCCAUCGGGACUGCGCUCCUCCCACUGGUCGGCACAUUACUGUCGUGCUUCCUAGCCAGUUACAUCAAGAAAUCUAAAUACGACGUAGUCAACUAACGACUCUCCGUACUCGACCAUUACGGCUUGUUCUACGCGAAUCUGAAUUUUCUAAUCUCUUCUUGACUGACGCUAUCCAUGUUGGACAAAUUGCAUUUAUUAAUAUUUCAAAUUAUAUAAAUUAAAUAUUUAUUAGAAUUUAUGU